GAUCCACACACAAGCUCACCGAUAGAUACACCCGAGCCCGUCAAUGGCGGCAAUGAGGACUGCAGCGGGGAGCAGCGAGCAUGGCGAGCCCGUCGAGCAGCCUGUGGGGCGCCCAAGGGCAAGCCUCCACCAUGGCGCAGCUGAUGGGCGUGGACGCGCUCGGGCUGGUCUCCAUGGUCGUGCAGGCCGCCCUGGUGGCGCGCCGCCACCGGGAUGCCUGCGUGCGGCUCGCGCAGCACGUGGAGCUCGUUGGCGGCCUGCUCGGGGAGCUGGAGCUCGCCGAGCUGAUGCGUCGGGAGGCCACCAGGCGGCCGCUGGAGCAGCUCGGCGGCGCGCUGCGGCGGUGCUACGCGCUGGUCACGGCGUGCCAGGACUGCGGCUACCUGCGCCGCCUGCUCCUGGGAGCCCGGAUGGCCGAGGAGCUCCGCGCCGCGCAGCAUGAGAUCGACAUGUUCAUCCACCUCAUCCCGCUCAUCGCCCUCGUCGACAAUUCCACUGCAGAUAGUCGCCGUGUCAAGGCUGAUGAGGGGGUGCUCACUGUAGUCACAGAUAGUUCAAAUCGUCACAUCAGGAUUCCAAACAAAGGAGCUACCAAACUCUGUGGUAUUGGAGAACACCCAUUUGUAGGAAAAGUGGACCUGCGAGAACAGAAUAUCGUUGACAUUGAAGAACUUGUGGAGCUUUGUACCCGUAUGGAAGAGGCUUGCGCAGGAUUCACAAGGUUCGAUUUCUGUCAGAUCUUGGAUGCUACAGAAAAUUUCUCAGAGAAGAUGAUAGUUGGGUGGGGAGGAUUUGGGAAGGUGUACAAGGGCCAGUUGCCUGGUGGACUUAAUGUUGCCAUCAAAAGAGCUGAUGAGCACGCAGCAAUGCUUGAAGUCAACAGUGAAUUGCAGCUUGCAAAGCUUCAGCAUGCCAAUGUGAUUAGGUUAUUGGGGUGGUGCAUCCAUGGGAAAGAAAGGAUUCUAGUGUAUGAGUUCAUGCAAAAUGGUUCCUUGGAUCGUUACCUAUGCGACUUCAACUUGACAAGCAGCAACUACAGAGCUCAGAGUUAAGAUCUGCAGCUGCACACAGUACAAACACAUCAGGAUCUCCAAAUAAGCGCUGUUCUGGAUUGAAAAAAGACCCUGAUGCGCCUGAAUAUCUCCAUACAAACACAUCAGGAACUCUGAACUGAAGCAGAGAGACGUAGUAAUCAGAAGCCAUGCCUGGGCCGACUCGGAUUCAAAAACCAAAGUGCGCGUUUUAGCUAUGCCGGCCUGGGCCGACUUCGACUCGGAUUCAAACACUUCACUGCCUCCCGCGUCCUUAUUUUCUUGCUCGCCGUGUUUCCCCAAAUCCCGAUCCAUCAGACCACGCCCUCCGAUCAGCCUCCCUCGAUCCAUCUUCCUCUCUCUCUCAGUGCCGGAUCGUUGCUCCUCGAUCAACUCCGCGGCCGCGACCAUGGCCGGCACCACGGUGCUCCCGCCGUCUCUGCUCCCGCGCCGUAGCGCCGCCGCCUCCGCCGACCUGCACUCCUGCUCCUCCCGCGUGCGCGUGAACCCUGCCUUGAUGGCGAACCCCGCGGCUGCCAAGAAGCCAAAGCGCCCCGGAUCCAUGCGCGGCGAGCAACCGCCGCCGGCGAAGCGCCUACGCGGUGCCUGCUCCGGGGGCGAGCUCCAUGUCGCCGUCCCCGCCAACAUCAAGAACGGCAGCAAGCUUCCGUCUCCCAUCAGCGGCAAGGAUCUGCUCCACUCCUCCGCAAUCAAGAACCAGGUCGCCGAAUCUCCGGCUGCCGCGACGCAAUCGAAGCCGCAGAUGAGCAUGCGCGAACUGAUCGCGAACGCUCGCCUCACCAUGGCUCGCCUCGACAAGGCUCGCUCUGCCUCCAAAGAAGAGGCCAACCGUCGGCAGGAGAUCGAGCGCAGCAGAGCAGAGGCCCGGCGAAAGAUGGAGCAGAUGGCGGACACGGUGCAGUUCAACGACCCCUGGAUCCAUCACUCCGACGUGACCAAGUCCCCUGAGGAGCUGCUCAAAGCAAGACAGCACGCAUGGCGUUAUCAAGCUCACCUCCUCGAGAUGGCUCGUCGACGGGACUUUGCUCAAGCGAUGCAAAUCCAGGAUGAGCGCUCGGGUGAUGGAAGCAGAGGAAGAAAUCAUCAGCAGUGCAGGCUUGCUGGUGGUAGUCUUGCAUCAGAGGAAGCAAAGCAGAGUUAAGCUAGUCCUUCCUAAACCAUUCACACAUGAGUUUCAUUUAAUCUUUGCAUCUCUAGGUUCUGCACUUAAUCACCAAGAUUUCUAGUGUUCUUUCAAUCCCUUUCAGCCAUUAGUAAUUUUACAAGAGUGUCAGCAGAGUCUCCAUCUAGCUAGGCAGCAAAAACCUUGUUAAGAUGUGUACGGCAUAGUUACACUACAUCCACACCUGGUCCUAAGUAAGGGUUUAAGUAAAUAAAGGGCAUUUUCAAUAAAUCAAAGUAAAGCAGAUGAGCCUAAAAAGGAAGCUCAUGUACUGCAAUUCCGGCACGAGACAGAGCGUAAAACGCACUCGCCGCAAAAUCCAAAAUGCCCGUUUGCUACCCGGCUUGUAGCAGGAAAAAAGGAGUAGAAUUGAACUUGUCGAUACACACAGUAAUCAUGUGAGCUGCCUAGCGUCUGGAGACUAUGCUGACCCUCCUGUAAAAUUAAUCUUGGCUGACUUGGAUUCUUAGGCAUUGGCGUCGUGGUGAGUUAAAGUUGCAGUUUCUGACGAGUAGCAUUGGUUGGUGAACUCUUGUGUGUAUGUGUGAGUGAAGCUUUGAGCUAAGCAAGUCCUUGAUGUACCGACUAUCAAGUCAUACUGUAAUCAAUUUUCGAUAUGAAUGAGAAAAUUGUUGGUCUGAA